CUGCACAAACCAUGCAGGAUGAUUUACUGAUGGACAAAAGCAAAGCCCAGCCCCAGCAGCAGCGGCAGCAGCAGCAAGAUCCAAACGCAGCAGAAACCCCUUCUACGCCCAUCACGUCAGAGACACCCAAACAGGAGGACAGCGGCUCAGUGACUAGCAUCGGCUCAGCAGCUCCUGCCCAAAAUAGCAAGGAAAAGAUGCAGAUGGAGUCCCCCAUCUUGCCAGGCUUAAGUUUCCACCAGCCUCAGCAGGAACCUACAGCCGGCACCUCCUUGUCUCCCUCCUUCGGAAGCACCUGGUCUACUGGGACCACAAAUGCAGUGGAUGAUAGCUUUUUCCAAGGGAUUACCCCUGUCAAUGGGACAAUGCUUUUCCAGAAUUUCCCUCACCAUGUAAAUCCGGUUUUUGGUGGCACUUUCUCCCCCCAGAUUGGCCUAGCUCAGACUCAGCACCACCAACAGCAGCAGCAGCAACAAGCCCAGCAGCAGCAAAGGAGAUCGCCAGUCAGCCCCAAUCAGGCAUCUUUUGCCCAGAGAAAUGCUGCUUAUAGCCAUCAGCCCAUCAUGACCAGCAAACCUUCCUCGUCCUCAGCUUCCACCUCUUCUCCUUCCAGCUGGAAUAACCACCAAAAUGCCGCCUGGAGUACACCUUCCAAUCCUUGGGGCGGGCUGCAAGCUGGCAGGGACCCUCGAAGGGCAGUAGGUGUGGGUGUUGGUGUAGGAGUGGGAGUUGGAGUGCCAUCCCCACUCAAUCCCAUUUCACCUCUUAAGAAGCCCUUCUCUAGCAAUGUCAUUGCCCCACCAAAGUUUCCACGGGCUGCUCCCCUAACCCCAAAAUCCUGGAUGGAAGACAACGCCUUCAGGACUGACAAUGGUAACAAUCUGUUGCCUUUUCAGGACCGGAAUCGGCCCUAUGAUACUUUUAACUUGCACUCUUUGGAAAAUUCAUUAAUGGAUAUGAUAAGGACUGAUCAUGAGCCUCUUAAAGGUAAACACUACCCUCCCAGUGGCCCACCAAUGAGUUUCGCUGAUAUAAUGUGGAGGAAUCAUUUUACAGGUCGUAUGGGUAUAAAUUUUCAUCAUCCAGGAACAGAUAACAUUAUGGCUCUCAAUACCAGGAGCUAUGGGCGGAGACGAGGUCGUUCUUCACUCUUUCCAUUCGAAGAUGGCUUCUUAGAUGACAGUCAUGGUGACCAGUCUUUAUCAUCGGGUCUUAGCUCUCCAACCCGCUGUCAAAAUGGUGAAAGAGUGGAACGUUAUUCUAGGAAGGUGUUUGUUGGAGGUCUGCCUCCUGACAUUGAUGAAGAUGAAAUCACUGCCAGCUUUCGUAGGUUUGGACCUCUUGUAGUAGACUGGCCUCAUAAAGCUGAAAGCAAGUCAUAUUUUCCACCUAAAGGUUAUGCCUUUCUGCUGUUCCAGGAAGAAAGCUCUGUGCAAGCUCUAAUAGAUGCCUGUCUGGAAGAGGAUGGGAAACUUUAUCUAUGUGUAUCAAGUCCCACUAUCAAGGACAAACCAGUGCAAAUUCGACCUUGGAACUUAAGUGACAGUGACUUUGUAAUGGAUGGCUCUCAACCUUUAGACCCCAGAAAAACUAUUUUUGUUGGAGGAGUCCCACGACCCCUCAGAGCUGUUGAACUAGCAAUGAUUAUGGAUCGUUUGUAUGGAGGAGUCUGCUAUGCUGGCAUUGAUACGGACCCAGAGCUGAAAUACCCAAAAGGUGCUGGUAGAGUGGCUUUCUCCAAUCAGCAGAGCUAUAUUGCUGCUAUAAGUGCUCGCUUUGUCCAGCUCCAACACAAUGACAUUGAUAAACGGGUGGAAGUGAAGCCAUAUGUGCUUGAUGAUCAGAUGUGUGAUGAAUGCCAGGGCACUCGCUGUGGUGGAAAAUUUGCUCCAUUUUUCUGUGCCAAUGUUACCUGCUUGCAGUAUUACUGCGAAUACUGUUGGGCCAGCAUUCACUCUCGUGCUGGGCGAGAGUUCCACAAACCACUCGUGAAGGAAGGGGGAGAUCGGCCACGCCACGUUCCGUUCCGUUGGAGCUGAAGUCUGGGCCUAAAUCCAGCAACAAAGAAGUACUGGAACUGAAGAAAUUGAAGGGAGAAGAGAGUGCUGCCUCAGGGCUUUAGUGUUCUGGAAAUCUGUGCAUUCAUCCUUUACUUUAAUGAAGAGAUGGGUCUUUUUAUUACGAUUACUAUUAUUAUGAUGAUGAUUAUGAUUAUUUACAGUCACAUUACUGAACUCUGUGUCCAGUAUAAUACAAGCCUAGCAGAGUGUAACUAUACUGAUUUUGCACUUUGAUUCACACAAACAUCUGCUUGGUACCUUAAUUUCUUACACGAGACUUGUCAUGUCUGACAAUAAGUAGACUGCCAUUCUCAUCAGCCUUUACUGAGUUGGUGUGUAUGUGAAAAAGACUUUUAAAAUUAUAAUUUUAUUUUAAAACUGGAGCAUGCACUUAUUUUCAGAAACUUGUAGACUUGCCCCUAGCAGAUGACUUACCAAAGGUAACACUCACAAGUAGGUAGGUGGCAGAUGUAGCAAAAACUUAAAAUGGAUAUUCAGCAAUCAUUAGUUUGGGUCAUUUAGAAUAGGAAUAACCCUGAAAAGCCUUUAGUUGCUCUCCAUUUUUACUGGUAAGGUUGAUACCUCAUAAGCUGGAUCACAUUUUCUCCACCCCCACCCCUUUUUGGUUUGCUGAGGGUUUCCUAUUUGGUUAGGUCGUUUAGUGUUAUGUAAAUGUAUGCUGCAAUAGCUUUUGCUGCUAUUAAGAUGGUAUUACUAAUACCACAAUACUCUAUUCAAGCUAGGGUAUCUAUCAGUUUAAAAGAUGAUUAUAUGAUUUAAAACCGUGAUGGCUGCUGAAAGGAGAUCUGUAUAGCUUCCAAGGAAGGUCAAUAGUUUUGACUGCAUGUUUACUUAAAUCAGGUUGCUGCAUGCAAUAAAUUUUUUUUAUAUAUGUCUCAUAUGAAAAUCUGCCCACAAUGCACCAAUUAAGGGUUUAUAUAGACUACAAUGUACUUGUUAUUAAAAACAAAACAAAACCCACACACAGACUUAGCACACCAGACACAAAUUACUGACUGGAGGAAGGCAUGCCUCAGUAAAUGUAAAUGCUUCUGAAAUUAGGAUCAGCCCUUUGCAGUAUGACCUAUAUUACAACAAAUAUUUUUUUAAAAAACUAGAUGUAGAAUAUCCUUAAAACAAAUUUCUGAAUGAUAGACGAAGUACUUUGCGGUGCUCUGUUAUAUAUUGUGCAAUUUAUUUUAUAUAGUAAAAGUGAUUAUGUCUAGUACUGUGAUCAAACUUAACUGUUUAAGCCUCUAUAUCUAACGUUCAAUCACUUCUGAAAGAUUCAGAUACAUAUGCACACUCACGAAAUGAAGUUUGAGCUCUUUAAUUCCAAUCUCAUAAAUGCUUGCACCAUUUAUGUAGCUUCAGCCCUUGUCCAGAAAACCAAAGAGCUCAUGGCAGCAUAUGUACACUACUAACUUCACUAAUAGGCUGAUAAACUAGGCACAUUUUAUGAAAGGUGGGGGAAAGUGGUGCUAAAGAAAUGUCUGCAUACAAAAGUUAACUUGCAAGAUGUCUACUCUCUGGGUGUGACAUUUAAUUUCUUGAACCCUGGAUGUAUCCUGUGAAGCUUGAAUAUAUUUGAGAUCUACUUUAUAACAGUGGACAUUUUUUUAGCAUGUAUUAUGGGCGUGCAAGACAAACACAUAAGCACACAUUAGUGUGCUAACUAUAAGAAAGUGAGGACGUGUACACUAUUCUUUGGCAUUUUUUUGUGAGUUCCCUUCUCCACCCCCCACCCCCCGGGAGUUCUGGGGACAAUCUGACUGGAUCUGGCACCGCAUAGUAGAUUUAAAUGUUACGGAUUUUGUGUGUUGUGAUGGCCUUGUUAAUGUCUAACUUUGUACGUUUUUCUUUCAAUGUUUAGUUGCAAUUACUGGCUCUGAAAGAAACUUUGUGUUUAGAAAAAUAGUUUUUUACUGGUUUAAAAACAAAACAAAACCAUUCGUAGUAUCCCUUCACGUUUUCUUCUGGGCAUUUUUGUGAUAUUGCUUUAUCCAGCCCAGCUGUCUUUUUUCUUCUGUUUGGGGUUUUCUUUUCUUUUCAUCUAUACAAGAUUUGUUAUGCACUACUUUUUGUAUCUAGACAGUUUUCAAUAGUUGGCAGAUUAUUCUUUUUUAAAAGAAAAAGGCAUGCUUUCUGACUGACAUGAUCUUUUGCAAUACCUCAAUUUUGAAAUAUAGGAAAGAAAAUAUUUUCUAAGUAAGUUUAUUCAGAAAAAAAUAUAUAUUAAUUUAAUUCUGCGAGAAAAUGAUUUAACAGAUGGGUAACUUUAUUUUUUUCAUGCUUAUUUGCGUUUUUGAAAAUGAAGAAGUUAGAGCUUUAUAACUGUAAUAUUGAAGAUCAUAGCUAAUCUACAGAAGUCUACCUAAUUAUGUGAAACAAUAAUACACAGUUUUGAAUAUAUAUCCCUCUUUCAUUGUACAAACACCCCGGAAAGAAAGGAGGGAAAGAGCGAGAAAAAGUGAUGCUGGAAGUUAUAUAAGUAAUAACAUGAAAACAAAAACACAGCAACGAAAGGUGUAAAACAAACUGCAUUUGGUGCUGGAAGUUGUGAAUAGAAGGUGAAAAAAUAUUUUCCCCUUAAUUUGUAUAUUUAUAAUCAAGCAAUUAUGCACGACUGACCAGAAUUGUGAGAGUUCUUCUGUUUGUAUUUUUUUAAAGAUACUUUUUUAGUUUAUUAAAUUAUAACAUGGUCCCUUUUUGUUUUGUAAAUGAAUGUGCCCCCUAAGUUGUUAAUAUGUUAUAUUAUUAUGAGAGGGUCCUUCAAGAAAAGAAGUUAUUUUUUAAAAUAAGGUGUUCUGAACUGCAACUUGACUAAGAAGUCCCUGGGUACAACAGGUCCUCUCGUGGCCUUCUCUUGAUGUGAGACUUGAACUAGUCGAUUUUUUUUGAAGGCAACUUAACCUCGACUAUUUGUUGUUAUGUGCAAUACUGUUUGUACUGUUUGUAUAAAAAAAGAAAAAAGAAAAGAAAAAAGGCAUAAAUCUUUAUUGCAGAUUUAUUUUCAUUGCAAACUUUAGACAUUGUGAUUCACUAAGAUCAUUUUUCUACUGUCAAAUAUGUACCUUUUCUUCAUGCUGGUAUUUUUUCAAUAGUAAUGUAGCCUUUGUACUGAGACAAAAUUUUCAUUGUUAUUUUUAGAAAGAUUUUUUGCUAAGAGAAAUUUAAACAUUGACAUAUUUUUCAUUUUUAUUUCAGAUUUUCUUUAAGGAGUGCUUUCUCAACCAUUAAUAUAGUUGUUUCUGGGAGAGACUUUCAUAUCUGGUCAAUGUCAUUAAUAUUAUUUUGUAUUUUUACUUGGAAUAAAUUAAUUUUAUGAUGCUAAUUCUUUAAAAGUUUAUUUUUUUCAUUUUCAGUUAUUUUUGAAGCUAAAAAAAACCUUUGUAAUAUUGUUACUAAAAGUGUCUAGUUUUUUGAAAUGCAAAGCUUUAUGUAUUAACUCGCUGUUGUGGUUUACAAUGGUGUGAAAAUGG